AUGGGGUCAGGAGUGGAGAUUUCGCCAGGCGCAGAGCACCAACAACCAGUCGCCACCGCCGGAGAGCAUGUUGAUGAAUAUGCAUCUGCACACUCUUCCGCACCAGAUACGACGCCGCCUGCCCGCUCCACUUCUACAUCCACGAAACGCGUGACCGAUGCACCCCCGUUCUGGUCGAGCAAUGCGCGCCACUCUCGCAGCAUAAGCACCGCGAGCUACCACUCACUGAACCAGACCAGGCCGCCCGCCAUUGUCUUGGAGGAUCACUCCGAUGACGGCCACCUCCAAGCUCAGUCAUGCUGGGCCAGAGCUGUGAGCAUAGAUGAAUACGUCGUCGUCUCGGGACCCACUGGCAUUGGCGCAUAUGUCGUGUGGCACUGUACGGUGAGCACGCUAAAGGGUGGCGAUUUAAGCAUUCGGAAAAGAUACUCCGAGUUCGAUCGGCUAAGAGAGGAUCUCGUGAGGGCGUUCCGUCAUGCCGAGGCCAUGAUACCUGAGCUGCCACGAAAGAGUGUCGUGUCGAGGUUCCGACCGAAGUUUCUCGACCAGAGGCGUGAUGGACUGUCGCACUUCUUGAACUGCGUGCUACUCAAUCCGGAAUUCGCAUCCUCACCUAUCCUCAAGGACUUCAUCUUCUAUUAG